AACACUUCAUUUAUAUCUCUUUUUUUUCAGCAAUCAAGGUUCUACCUUUCAAGAAGAAUCCAUGGCUAAUUUCAAAAUUCUCAUAGAGUUCUCUCUACUUGUAUUCAUUUGCUGCAAUUUUCUAUGCUCUGUUGUCAUUAACGCAGCUAGUUGUUUACAUGUCGAGAGAAAUGCACUUCUCUCCUUCAAAGAUGGUCUUGAUGAUCCCUCCGGCAGGCUAUCAUCUUGGGUUGUCGGUGUCGACUGCUGCAAGUGGGAAGGUGUUGACUGCGACGAGAAGACCGGUCGAGUCGUCAGUCUCAAACUUCAGAAUCCUUUUCCGGAUAACCCUGAUGCCGGUUUUGGAUUAACUGCAGGUAAUCUCAAUUCUUCUCUUGCUAGUCUAAAGCAAUUGGGUUAUUUGGAUCUUAGCAUGAACAAUUUCGGAGGAAUUUCAAUCCCUGGUUUCUUUGGAUCGUUUGAGAAAUUAAGAUAUCUCAAUCUCUCUGGUUCCUCAUUCGGUGGAACUUUUCCACCCCAGCUUGGGAAUCUGACUGAUUUAGUUUAUCUUGAUCUUAGCAAUUCCAUCUCUGAUCAAGUGGCAAAUGACUUGAACUGGAUUUCUACCCUUUCUUCAUUGAAGCAUCUUAAUAUGGGCAAUGUUAAUCUUAAUUUGUCUGCUCACAAUUGGCUUGAGAAUGUAAACAUGCUUCCUUCUCUAAUUGAGUUACAUUUGCCCAAUUGUGCCCUUACAAAUCUUCCUCCAUCUCUUCCACUUGUUAACCUCACUUCACUCUCCGUCCUUGAAUUAAGCAGCAAUGGUUUCGUAAAUUCCACCUUUCCCACAUGGCUGUUCAACUUGAGUAACCUUACAUAUCUCAACCUCUAUUCAAACGGACUCCAAGGAACUAUCCCAGAUGGUAUUUCCUCUCUGAAAUUCAUUGAACACAUCGAUUUAUCCUUUAACGGUUACAUCAUGGGAAAGUUACCAAAGGAUCUAGGAAAUCUCUGCAAUUUGCGAAAACUUCUCCUCUCUGGAACCCAAUUUGAAGGCGAGAUUGGUGAUCUUAUCGACGGAUUUUCAUCCUGUGUCAAUACAAGUAGAUUGGAGGAGUUGGAUUUGGGUUACAAUCAGCUUGGCGGGUUUCUUCCGAAAUCAUUGGGGCGUUUGAGUAAUUUGAAGUAUUUGACUCUGUCGGAUAACUCCUUUCUUGGAGAUAUUCCGGAAUCCAUUGGAAACUUGUCGUCCCUAGUGGAACUUUCCGUUUCCAACAAUCAAAUGAACGGAUCUGUUCCGGAAAGUCUUGGAAAGCUGUCGGCUUUGUCUGUGUUAGAUCUCUCGAAAAAUCCAUGGAAUGGGGUCAUAACAGAGAUGCAUUUUCUUAAUCUAUCGAGUUUGAAGCAGUUGUCAAUAAUGGGCACAACUCCAAAGAUUAACUUUGUGAUUGACAUCAAUCCGGAUUGGAUUCCUCCUUUCAGACUCGAGUACAUUGACAUCAAAUCAUGCCAAGUGGGUCCGAGGUUUCCCAGUUGGCUGAGGAACCAGAACAAGAUAAACUACCUUGUACUCAAGAACACAAUGAUUUCUGACGUCGUACCGGAUUGGUUUCUUAAUCUGAAUUUGAGUCUUAGAUGGUUUGAGUUGGCUUACAACAAUCUGAGCGGAGAAGUGCCCAACAGGUUCGUCUUCGAAGAAGGAACGUUUCUAGAUUUGGGGACAAAUCGCUUUGAGGGUCCACUUCCUAUGUUUUCUUCAAACAUAAGCACUUUCUACUUGAGCAACAAUUUGUUCCAUGGAACCAUACCAGCCAACAUCGGCCAACUAAUGCCAAUGUUGACAAAUUUCGACGUUACCAAUAAUUCUCUUCAUGGAAUAAUACCUGCAUCAUUUGGUGAAAUUCAAACACUAACAAGCCUUCAGCUCUCCAGAAACAAUUUUUCGGGUGAAAUCCCGGAUCUCAUUUGGGAAGGCUGGCUGACUCUGUACAUUAUAGAUUUGUCUUUCAACAAAUUGACUGGGAAAAUACCGAGUUCGAUAGGCACUCUGAGCUGGUUAAUGUUUCUAUCCUUGAGUAAUAAUAAACUCGAUGGUCAAAUUCCUCCUUCUUUGCAGAACUGCACGAAAAUGAAAAAGCUAGACCUCGAGAACAACAUGUUCACUGGCCAGGUUCCAUCGUGGAUAGGGGAGAAACUGUCGAUACUUCUGAUUCUAAAGCUUAGAUCAAACCGGUUCAAUGGGGGUAUUCCAAAGCAGCUUUGUGGUCUUUCGGAUCUUCACAUUUUGGACCUUGCUCAGAAUGGUCUUUCGGGCACAAUUCCUCUCUGUUUGAGUAACUUGACUGGCAUGGCAACUGAAAUUGAUGUAGCAAGGUAUGAAGGUGAAUUGAAUGUUUUUGUGAAAGGAAGAGAUCUAGUUUAUAAGGAUACUCUUUUCCUUGUGAACUUGAUCGAUUUCUCUGACAAUAAUCUGUCGGGAAGCAUUCCAAAUAUAUUUUCAAAUUUAUCAAGACUCGGGUCACUGAAUUUGUCUUCUAAUCACUUGACCGGAGAGAUACCUGAUGAUAUUGGAAGCUUAUAUAGGCUAGAGACGCUAGACCUUUCAAGGAACCAGCUUUCUGGGCCGAUCUCAGUAAGCUUAGCUUCUAUGACUGCGUUAAACCAUCUCAAUUUGUCUUACAACGACUUCAGUGGUAGAAUACCGACUAGCAAUCAGUUCAAUACAUUCGAUUCCUCUACAUACAUGAAUAAUCCAAGACUCUGUGGGCGUCCAUUGACAGUCCCAUGCGCAGGGGAUCCUGAUCAGACGAGUUCUCCUCCCACUGUUACUGACGACGAAGAAGAAGAAAACUGGUUUGAAAUGAGGUGGUUCAUCGUUAGCAUGGUAUUGGGAUUCACGAUUGGUUUCUGGGGAUUUUUCGGUACUUUGAUCAUUAAACAAUCAUGGAGAAUAUGUUUUUUUGGGUUUGUGGAUGAGAAACUUUUAGAUGCUGCAGUGGGUGUGAGGCGUUUAAGGAAGAAACUAAAGUCUAAGCGAGUGUGAGUGUGAUUAAUUAGUACUAUUGUAAUAAAUUUGAAAAAUAAGAUUUAUGCUUUACAUU